AUGGACAACCACUGGCUGCUGCAACAGGUGCUGCGCAACCUUCCAGCUUGUGGGGACUUCGCUGGAGUGCCUCAGCUUCGCCCCCCUGAACCCCUUGGGAACGACUACGGAGGUGGCGACUUCGAUGGAGCUCCUGCACAGCUUGACCCCCUUGACGCCAUCAGGUAUGUCCCCGAAGUAUACACUGGUAAAGCUGAUGGAGGACGCCCUGAGAAAAAUCAAGGGAUGAGAGUUGUCCUGGACAUGGCUCAGGGACUCAGUGGACAUAAUAUCACAUGUGACAAUUUUUUUACAUCGUACAAGCUGGGACAGGAGCUUCUAAAGAGGAAGCUGACCAUGGUAGGAACGAUGAGAAAAAACCGGUCUGAGCUCCCUCCUCAAUUGCUGCCUACAAAGAACAGGCCUGUCAACUCGUCCAAGUUUGUCUACACGGCUGACACGUCCCUGGUAUCCUAUGUGCCAAAGAAAACCAAGAAUGUGGUACUCAUGAGUACACUGCACAGGGAUGGAAGAAUCUGUGGCCUGGAGCAUCAGAAACCAGAGAUAAUCAUGGACUACAAUGCCACAAAAGGAGGGGUGGACAACAUGGACAAGCUGGUGUCUGCCUACAGCUGCAAGAGGAGGACCCUACGCUGGCCACUGGUGAUUUUCUUUGACAUUCUGGACAUCUCGGCGUACAACGCCUUUGUCAUCUGGAUGGCAUUGAACCCAGAGUGGAACAGGGGGAAGCUCCAGAGGAGACGCCUCUUUCUCGAGGAACUUGGAAAGGCACUGGUGAAACCACAAAUCCUGAGAAGACAGCAUGUUCCGAGAACCUCAGCCUCUGCAGCCACCGUGAGGAGGAUUCAGGAGGACAAUGCCAGUGCCCCAUCCACCCAACCUACAGAACCACCAUCUGCAGAGCCUGAGGUUGCGGCCGGCAGCAACAAAAAGAAACGCUGCGAAGUGUGUGGACCCAAGACGGACAGAAAGACGCAAUAUACAUGCAUCAAGUGCAAGAAGUACAUAUGCAACACACACACAGUAAAACUCUGCCACUCAUGUGUUGAAUAG